AGAUUAACAUGUUUAUAAGAGCCACAGAAAUGAACCCGACGGAUAUGACAUUGGUGGGACUUUUUGCUGUGAACAGAAACCUAUUCAAAUCGUUGAUUGCGACAAUGGUUACAUACCUUGUGGUGCUGCUCCAGUUCCAGAUCAGCAUACCAGAAGAUCAAGGAUCCACUAACAGUACAAAUGUUUGAAAUGUUACGCGAAACAAAAAAAUAAUAAUAAUAAUACAAACAUUCAGUUUCUGUUGUUGUUUUAUAUUAUGUAGGUGUUUUGUAUUUUGUAUAAAAAUAUGCUGUAUAUUUUGCAAAAAUGUCACUGAAGAUAUUCAUAUUAUUAAAGUCCCUUAAUUUUA